ACGCAAACAACAACUUCCAUCAACCAUUCGAUGGCUCAUAUUGCCAACGCCAUUCACGUUCCUUCUAAUAUUCAAGUUGCGAUGCUUUUCUAAUUCCAGUAUAACCAGCGGUCACUUCUGCCCCUCUACGUUCGCUCCGUGAUUUACAACAUCCCCAUUUCAUUUUUCCUUUACGUCUGCGAUUUAACCUUCCUUUCUAUACUGUGGUUCUCCGAAAAUGUCUUCCACACCAUCCCUCCGCAAGAGAGGCGGUGCGAAGAAGGACAGUGUUGAGCCAGUAACACCUGAAGCUUCCCCCCGUCAUGGCAACUUUUCCGUAUCCUCCAAGACAGCAACAAAACCACCACCGUCAGAAUGGGAUUACUGGGUUGCUAUGUUUGUUAUGACUGCAUUGGCUUUUGUGACACGCUUUUGGAUGAUCAAUUAUCCCGAUGAGGUGGUCUUUGAUGAGGUGCAUUUCGGAAAAUUCGCUUCUUACUAUUUGCAACGAACGUAUUUCUUCGAUGUUCAUCCUCCAUUCGCAAAAUUGCUGUUCGCCUUUGUAGGCUGGUUGGUCGGCUAUGAUGGCAGCUUCACUUUUGAGAAUAUCGGCGAUUCAUACAUUACGAACAAAGUCCCCUAUCUCGCAUACCGCGCUUUGCCUGCAACCCUUGGAUCUUUGACAAUUCCGGUCGUCUUUGAUAUCAUGUGGGAGUCUGGAUAUUCCUUGCCGGCUUGUGUUUUGGCGUCAGGGUUAAUGGUUUUUGACAAUGCUCAUAUUGGCGAAGACAGAUUGAUCUUAUUGGAUGCCUGCUUGGUCUUGAGCGUUGCUUUGAGCAUUCUUUGCUACGUCAAGUUCUACAAACAGCGUUAUAACGAGUUUGGUCGCAAAUGGUGGAAGUGGCUCCUUUUGACCGGAAUCAGUCUGAGCUGUGUCAUUUCUACCAAAUAUGUCGGCAUGUUCACCUUUGUUACUAUCGGUUCUGCCGUGAUUGUUGAUCUUUGGAACUUGCUUGAUAUCAACCGCCCACGAGGAGCCCUUUCCCUCUUCCGAUUCAGCCAGCACUUCGCGGCUCGCGGAUUUGCGCUCCUCGUCGUCCCGUUCUUCUUUUACCUGUUUUGGUUCCAGGUUCAUUUCGCCAUCUUGACUCGAUCCGGACCCGGUGAUGAUUUUAUGACUCCGGAGUUCCAAGCAACACUCUCUGAUAACCCGCUGACUGCUAAUGCAGUUGAUCUUGAAUAUUAUGACAACAUUGUCAUCCGCCACAAGGACACAAAGGUGUACCUUCACAGUCACUUUGAUCAUUAUCCUCUCCGCUAUGAUGAUGGACGUAUUUCUAGCCAAGGACAGCAGGUUACCGGUUACCCGCACAACGAUACCAACAAUCAAUGGCAAAUUCUUCCGAGUGUUCCUUUCCCCGAGAAUGACCGCACUGGUCAUAAAAUCAAGAAUGGUGAUAUUGUUCAGCUUAAGCAUCUUUUCACCAAUUCGUAUCUCUUGACGCAUGAUGUAGCCUCGCCUCUUAUGCCCACAAAUCAGGAAUUCACAACAGUCCCUCAGGAAAUAGCCGAUGGCGAGCGUCACGAUGAUACCCUGUUCGAAAUCAAGAUUGAAAACGGCAAACCGGGACAAACUUUUCAAUCCCUUUCUGGUCUGUUCAAGUUGAUUCAUGUUCCCACUCGUGUAGCAAUGUGGACACAUACUACACCUCUGCCUGACUGGGCAUACAACCAAGCCGAAAUUAACGGCAAUAAGAACACCUUGCAAUCCAGCAACAUAUGGUACAUUGAAGAAGUACCUUCGAUCCCCGCUGGUUCACCUCGUCUAGAGAAGCGAGAACGUGAGAUGGCGCAAUUAGGAUUUGUUCGCAAAUGGGCAGAAUUGCAACGCGCCAUGUUCUUCCAUAAUAAUGCUCUUACUAGCGAGCAUCCGUACGCCAGUGAGCCGUUCCAAUGGCCUUUCCUUCUCCGCGGUGUUAGUUUCUGGACGAACAAUGAGACGAAGGGACAGAUUUACUUUUUGGGUAACCCUAUAGGAUGGUGGUUUGCUAGCAGUAUGUUGGCUGUAUUUGUUGGUAUUAUUGGAGCGGAUCAAUUGUCGUUGCGACGGGGUAUUGACGCUAUUGAAGAGAUCUGGGGACCCGGAGCUCGCAGUCGGCUUUAUAACAGCACUGGAUUCCUCUUCCUCUGCUGGGCAGCCCACUACUUCCCAUUCUGGCUGAUGGGUCGUCAACGUUUCUUGCACCACUACCUCCCCGCCCAUCUAGCAUCGUGCCUUGUUGCCGCAGCUCUCGUCGAGUUUAUCUUUACUCUUGACCCCAUCGCACCCUCCAAGACCGAUUACAAGGUCGACCCGACGGGCCGAGGACGAUUGGUCCUUGGACGUUUCCGUACCGCCAAAGAGCGAUUAGGACGACAGUCCUUGUACGCCGGAUGGGCGGCCACUAUGGUGAUUCUGUCAGCUGUGAUUUAUUCAUUCGUCUUCUUUGCACCAUUGACGUACGGUACUGGAUUGGAUGUGGAGAGUGUUAAUGCUAGGAAAUGGUUGGCGUAUGACUUGCAUUUUGCCAAGUAGCCUUGUUGCUCCUGAGAUGUAUUUAUAUUAAGAGCUUGUCGUUCUGACGGUGGUUCUUGAGGGUGAGCAGUGUUGUUGUUGCCAGCAUAUUUGAUUGUGGUUGUUGAGUUUGUAUGAGGUUCAGGUGUUUACUCUCCUAUCAUGUGAUACUAUUGCAAGGAUAAUAGCGAUUUUGAGGUUAAAAUGCAUUUAGCUUAACAUGGAUGCUUAUCU